UGAUCCGCUGCUCCUGUCGCGCUACAAAUACAGUAGCGUCGACUCGCAUCCCCCGCACAUCCGCCAUCUCGCUGUACAACCCCAGCAGCGACCGAUGGCCUUGUUCUCUGCGCUCGACGCGCAGUCGGCGCCCACGGCGCCAACCAGCCCGAUCAGCUACGACACGCUGGCCCUCGCGCGCCUGGGCUCGGUCGGUGCCAUCGCGCUCACCGUCGCAGUCUAUCACAUCCCCCCGGUCCGCCGCUUUGUAGACUAUUGGCUGGCCGAUGCGCUCACGCUCGCCGAUGUCCCCUCGGACGUGGAUGACAAGGAAGCGCGCAAGAAGGCCGCGGCGUACCAGCCUUCCCCGGCCCUUGGAUAUGCCCUUGUGAUCCUCAACGCGCUCGCCGUCGGCGUGUGGACCGUUUCGUUUGGCGACGAGCUCAGCCGCCUCGUCAACCGCGCCCUUGGGAGCCGCGAGGCUGUCGUCUAUGCCGCCGUCAUGGUUCUCAUCUGGAGUCUCCUGCUUAUCCGCACCGCGCUCCACCCGCCCGUCGUGCCCCCAUGGUCGUCGUUCACGGUAUACACUGUGCUCUUUGGCGUGUCGUUCACAAUCCUUAUGACAGCAGCGUACACGCGCGUCGCCGACGGCCAGCUCCCCGUCUGGGCGACUGCGACGGUCCUCGUCCUCGAGUCAACCAACGCCGCGAUUACGCUUCUCCUCGCGUCCAUCAUUGGGCUGCUACGCUUUAACACGCCGCUCACCAUCGGCCGUGCUGUAAGUGGUCUAGCUUUGCCGUCGCUUACAACCCAGUCGGUUAUCGCUCCUGACGAUGUCGUGUCCCUCACCGAAUGGCUCACAUUCUCAUGGGUCACCCCGCUCAUCAAGCAGGCAGCAAACGAGACGAUGCAGCCCGAGGACCUGCCCCCGCUGUCCACCACAAUGCGGACCAAGCAGGUCUUCCAGCUCUUCAUUGAAACCAAGGCCCCCACCCUCUUCUUCAAGAUCGUUUAUGCCAAUCGCUUCGACCUUAUCGUUGAUGGUGCGCUGACCUUCGUCGCGGCCGUGUUCUCAUACAUGUCGCCAUACUUCUUCCAGCGCAUCCUCUCAUCCAUUCAGAUUCGCGAGAACCCCUACGCGUCGCCAGACCUCAAGACGCAGGCAACGGCACAUGCAUACGCGUUCGUCGUCCUCACCUUUUUUGCGGGCUUGGGCAAGACCCUCGCAGAUCUCAUCCACCUCUGGCACAGUCGCCGCGCGUCCCUCCGCAUCUACAGUCAGCUUACUGCCGCCAUCUAUGAGAAGGCACUCAAGCGCAAGGAUACGUCUGGUGUCGUCGGCGAGAAAGCUGGCGAAGAAGAUGAUGACAAGAAGGAGGGUGGAACGGCCGAGGCCGGCAAGGUCGUCAACCUGAUGGCCAGCGACGCGAACAGGAUCAGCGGAACUGCUGCCUCCAUGACCUUCAUUUGGUCUAGCCCUAUCGAGGCCGUCAUUGCCACCGUCUUCCUGUACCAACUCCUGGGUUGGUCUGCCUUUGCUGGCAUCCUCGCCCUUGUCCUUGCCAUGCCCUUGAACUCGAUCCUCAUGAAGCGCAACAUCAAGAUUCAAAAGGACCUUCUGAAGGCACGCGACAAGCGUAUCUCGGUCAUGUCGGAGCUUAUCAACGCCAUCACUUUCUUUGCAUGGACCGAAAAGUGGAAGACGCGCGUAACCAACGCCCGAAAGGAGGAGAUGAGGCAGCUUGUGCGAAGUGCACUUAACGGCGGCCUCUUCACCUUGAUCUGGGCGUUCCUCCCCAUCCUGGUGACACUCUCAGCCUUCUUCAGCUUCAUUGUCAUUGAGAAGCGGGAGCUCACGGUCGACAUUGCCUUCCCAGCCAUCCUCUUGUUCCAGAUGCUUCGCCAGCCUCUCACCGGCUUCCCCAUGUUCGUCAUCUGGUUCAUGCAGACAAUGGUGUCGGUCAAACGUAUCGACGACUUCCUGAAGGAAGACGAAGUUCCCGACUGGGUUUCGUCUCUUAAGCGCGAGGAGAAGAACUUGCCGUUGGACGAAACCAAGAUUGGCUUCGAGGCUGCGACUCUUCGCUUCAACACGGCCAAGAAGGAGACCAAGGACGACAAGAAGAAUGAUGCCCCUACCAACGGUGCUUCUGCCACCCCGCCGCCCACAAUUGUCACCGAGGACGGUGACAACGGUUCGGCGGAGGUGCCUGAGGAGGAAACUGUGUUUGAGCUCACCAACCUCAACGUCAACUUCCCCAUCGGCAAACUCACCAUCGUCGCUGGCCCCACAGGUGCUGGCAAGUCGGCUCUUCUCAAGGCGUUGCUUGGCGAACUAGACCUUAUCGAAGGCAAGACAUUCUUGCCAAAGAAUGUCACCGAUGUCGAUCCCUCGACCGGUCUUCGCAACUCUGUGGCGUACGCCGCACAGACCCCAUGGCUCCAGCAAAAGUCGAUCAAGGACAACAUUCUAUUCGGCGAAGAGCUCAACGAGGACCGUUACGACGCCGUUGUCGAGGCCUGUGCGUUGACACCGGACUUUGACAUCCUCGAGGACGGCGACCAGACCGAGAUUGGCGACAAGGGCGUGUCUCUCAGUGGUGGUCAGAAGGCUCGUGUUGCCCUCGCCCGUGCCGUGUACUCGUUCACCAAGCACGUUCUUCUCGAUGACCCCCUCGCCGCUGUCGACUCCCACACUGCCAAGCAUCUCACCGAGAAGUGUAUCAACGGACCGCUACUCAGGGGGCGCACAGUUAUCCUGGUGUCCCACCAUGUUGAGCUGCUCCUUCCCGCUUCGGACUACCUCGUCCGUAUUGUUGAUGGUCGUGUCGACGCUCAAGGUACGCCCGAGGACCUGCGCUCAAGGGGAGAGCUGGAAGGCAUUGUGGCAAUCGAAGAGGCUGAGUGUGCCGCUGUCGACACUGUCCAGCCCGAGGACGUUGAAAUCAUUGUCAAGUCCGCCGAAGGGGAUGACAAGAAACAGGACAAAAAGGAGAAGAAGAAGGGCCCCGGCCGCAAGCUGGUUAAGGACGAGGAACGUGCUGUCGGAAACGUAAAGUGGGGAACCUACCUGCUCUACAUCCGCGCAGCCACCUACAUCACCUGGAUCAUCUCGCUCAUCGUUAUGAUCUUUGGCCAGGUCUCAUCGUUUGCUGAGCAGCUUUGGAUCAAGUUCUGGGGCGACGCCUACCCGCCGUCCAAGGUCUCGCUGUUUGCGCUGGUCAACCCGCUCAACCACUUGGACCAGCAGAACGCCGAGUACCGUGCGCCCACCUUCUACCACCACAUCGCUCCUGCCGCUGUCAACGCGACGAAGCACCUGUUCACGAUCCAGGCGGGCGGUGGCGACGUAUCGGCGAACUGGAGCCCGCCCCAUCCUCCCGCGGACACGCACCCGGCCUAUUACCUCACGGUGUAUGCCGUCCUCAUGUUCAUUACCGCGUUCGCCGGCUUCGUCCUUUCCAUGGUCGGCGUGUGGGGAGCGUACCGUGCUUCGAUUACCUUGCACGACAGGCUCCUCGAUAGCAUCAUGCACGCUACUGUGCGCUUCUUCAGCACGACACCGCUGGGCCGCAUCAUCAACCGCUUCUCCAAGGACAUUGAAACCGUGGACAAUUCGCUUUACGGCAGCUUGCGCAUCGUCCUAGUCCAGGUCGUCGCGCUUUUCGUCUCCGUUGGCGUCAUUGCAUACUACAUCCCUUGGUUCAUCUUCCCCGCGGCGGUCAUCCUGUACUUCUACUACCUUUACUCUGUCGUCUACCUCAAAGCUGGCCGCAACGUUCGUCGUAUCCAAGCCACCACCCGGUCGCCCAUCUUCUCUGGCUUCGCCGAGAUCCUGGACGGUGUUGUGUCUGUCCGUGCCUUCUCUGCCGAGAAGCGAUUCUUCGACAACCUGUGCAAGGCCUUCGACAUCACGCAGACGGCCUACUACUACGUUUGGAUGAACAACCGCUGGUUGCUACUCCGCUUCGAUGUCCUCGGCUCGCUCACCGUCCUUGGCUCUUCGAUUCUGGCUCUCAGCGGCGCCGUCUCUGCGGGUUCCACUGGUAUCAUCAUCCUCCGCGCACAGGGAUUCGUCUCAUCGUGUUACUGGAUGUCGAGAUUCUGGGCUCAGCUGGAGAUCGACUUCAACAGUGUGGAGCGUGUGGAGGAGUACCUCCGUGUGCCACAAGAGCCGCCUUCCGAGAUUGCUGGCAGCCGCCCGCCUGCGUACUGGCCUUCCAACACCCCCAACGACUCGUUCGUGAGCGCCCGCGACGUCGAGAUCAAGUACUCGCCCGAGCUGCCAACUGUCUUCAAGGGCUCGUUUGAUAUCAAGGCAGGCGAGAAGAUUGGUCUUAUUGGCCGCACUGGCUCGGGCAAGUCUACCAUCGCCAUGUCGCUUCUGCGCUUUGUGGACCCUACGUCCGGCACGCUUGAGAUCGAUGGCAUCGACAUCACGAAGAUCGGCGUCGACGAUCUCCGCUCGAGGAUCACGUACAUUCCCCAGGACGCCGUCUUGUUCUCGGGUACUGUGCGCGAUAACCUCGACCCGUUCAGCGAGCACACGGACGAGGAGCUGCUCGAGGCCCUUGCUCGCGUCAACCUCGUAACUGGUGGCCGCACCGCAGCGGGCACUGCUGUUGGCACACCUGCGAUUAGUCGCCAGGGCUCUACCAGAAACCUGGCGGCUCUUGCGGCUCUCAAUUCUGCAGCUGCUCACGGCGCCGUGGUACCUCAUCACUCCACCACUGACAGCGUCGACUCGGCUGCGGCGACGAUUGUGCCAUCUGCUCGUGUCAAGAUCACGCUCAACUCUGAGGUGUCGGCCGGAGGUAACAACUUUUCCCAAGGACAACGCCAACUUAUCGCCAUGGCGCGUGCCUUGCUUCGUCGAUCCAACCUUAUUAUCAUGGACGAGGCUACGGCGUCUGUCGACUUUGCGACCGACGAGGCGCUGCAGGCUGCCAUCCGGUCCGAGUUCAAGGAGUCGACGCUGAUUACUAUUGCGCACCGCCUGUCAUCUGUCAUUGACUAUGACCGUCUGCUUGUUCUGGCUGACGGCGGAGUGGCCGAGUUUGACACUCCGAUUAACCUGCUGCGCCAAGACACGUCACUCUUCAAGACGCUGUGCGAGAAGACUGGCAAGUUCAAGGACCUGUACGCGGCGGCCGAACAGAAGGAGAAGAAGGACGCGGCUGCAAAGUAGACGAGACGACGUGUGCGUGCGGAUGAAAGAGUCGGCAUUGAGCCGACUUUGCGGACGUUAUAGCGGCCGAGCCGAGCGGUG